AUGACCAAAAGAAGAGUGGUGUUGAAAAGGGAAGAACCACCGCCACCGCCACUGCCACCGCCGCCGCCGCCGUCGAUGGAUUCGGCGAAUUCCUCGAACACGAUGAGAACCCAUGUGAGAUAUGGUGAGUGUCAAAGAAACCAUGCAGCCAACAUUGGUGGGUAUGCCGUCGAUGGGUGUCGGGAGUUCAUGGCGGCCGCCGGUGAUCAGGAGGAGGAGGAGACGGAGGCUUCGCUUACCUGCGCCGCCUGUGGCUGCCACCGGAACUUCCAUAGAAGGGUGGUGGAAACUGAAGUCGUUUGCAGCAGUGAUGAUUCAUGGCCAUCUUCUUCUUCUUCACCUUACUUAUCAUAA